AUGACUGAGGAGUCCAUGCUCAACGACUCGCUGCGCGAGAUCGUCGUGGGCUCGGUAUCGGGGGCCAUUGGUAAGGUUAUCGAAUACCCAUUCGAUACCGUCAAGGUCAGACUCCAGUACUCUCAGACUCUGCCUGAACCGUUGUUCACCUCCACCUGGGACUGUAUUGCUAAAACGUACCAUAACGAAGGCGUCUUCAAGGGCUUUUGGAAAGGUCUUUUGUCGCCAAUGAUGGGAGCCUCCAUGGAAGUUAGUUCACUUUUUUUCAGUUACAAGAUGGCACAAGAUCUGAUUAAUCUGUAUCAGGGCAACAAAAUCAACACAGAACUGCCCUUUGGGUACCGACUUGCUUGCGGCUGUGCCAGUGGAAUGGUCACCAGCUUCAUCUUGACCCCUGUGGAGCUUGUAAAGUGCCAACUACAGGUGGAUAACCUCAAAUCUCAGAAAACAGCCCGCACACCCCUGGGUCACGUGAUCUCCCAGAUCCGCACGCAGUACGGGUUGCGAGGGUUCUGGAAAGGGCAGUCGUCCACGCUGGUGCGCGAGGCCGGCGGGACCGCUGCGUGGUUCGGGUGCUACGAGUACACACUCGAGUGUUUCCGUGGCGACAAGGGCCCCGACUACAACUACAAAACGCACGAGUUGCUGAUAGCUGGAGCCAUGGCUGGAGUUGGGUACAACGCCUCGUUGUUUCCUGCCGACACGGUCAAGAACGUCUUGCAAACCAGCGAACACCACAAAUCGGUCUCGAGCGCGAUCAAGGCCGUGCACUCUGCGCGAGGAUUGCGUGGCUUUUAUUCUGGACUGGGAAUCACGCUUGUCAAGACGAUUCCCGCCAGUGCAGCCAUGUUCUACUCUUACGAGCAUUUGAAAAGGAUGUGGAAUUAA